AUGUCACCUUUUGCUCUUCUGUGGAGGUGUGUUCGCUGUCCGAAGUGCUGCUUUCCACACGAGGGAGAGGAGAUCCACUGUGGGGAAAGAUCUUCGCUGUCCAGGCGCUGGAAUUACGCGCGCAAACACUGGUGCGCGUUGGGUUCGCUGUGCGCUCUCCGUGGUGCUGAUUCCGCCAAUGCGCAGCGCGGUCUUCUCCUCGGCUCGUGUGGCGUGCUUGAGUCAGGACCCCCUCUUAUUCGGGGUCUCACUCCGCUGCCACAGUCCCGGGAAGUGAGCUGGGUAUCUGCGCGCUGGAAGCAGGCGUCUCGCUCUCCCUGCACUCCCUCGCUCUAUGCUCCACCCACUGCCCCCGACGUCACGGCACUGGAAGACGAAAGAGAAACCCCCUGUGCUGUCGCCCCUACUUCUCCUGAGCAGGACAGUCCAGUGGAUCUUUCCUCGUCCCUGGACUUGACCUGUUCUUUAGACCUUGUGAGUCUGGUGCAAGACCAUAACCCACCUGAUAUCAUCCAAGUACCUCCUUCUCCAGAACACCAAAACCUUCAGGACUUUAGCACUUCUUCAGCAACUGUCGGUCCAAUAGAGAGAGCUGUCCCUCCAGAGACACAGGACAUCAGCUCCAAUAACGCUCACUUCUUGGUCUCAACGAUGAUCCAACAUUUCUUGAACAAAUCCCCCGUGUUCCUAGACAUUAGGGAACAAGGAAGAGUUAUUUUGCAACUGCGUGAGGUGGAGCGAAGAGUCUCCAUGCCCCAAGGAACAGACCUGAAGACCAAAGACCUCAAAGCCAUAGCUAAAGAGACGGCUAGAAGUCUUCGGGAAGAGCUGGGACCCUUCACCUCACCCCUGCUCUGGAGUGAGUAUUUCCUCAAUUCAGCGGUGAGACAUCUGAAUUUCCAGCUGGAAGACUUCUUUGACGAGGACAGAGGCCGACGACCAGAACGCUUCUUCUCCCGAGUGUUUAAGCUGUUCAGGAUCAGGAGGAACAGAGUGUCGCCUGGUCCUCUGAGAGCAUACAUCAGAUCAGCAUUCUAA